UAUGCCACUAUUUGGCUUAGCAAAUAAUGUCAGAAUGUCUCUCGACCUUAUUAAUUCCAAGCAGUAUUUUAGUGAACAGAGCGUUGUUUUGCUGAAUUAUGCGGGUCUGGAAGACAAUGACAUAAAUGUGGACAGCUUCCUUCACGUGGAAUACCUUUAUCUUAAACGAAACUUGCUUACACAACUGCCUCAAAGCAUUGCCAAACUGUGCAGACUAAAAGAACUGCUUCUGGAGAGCAACUCUAUUGAAUGUCUUCCAGAUGAGCUGAGCAGUCUGGUAUUCUUGCAUGUGUUAAAUGUGAACAGCAACCUCUUGACGCUACUUCCGACCUCUGUGUGUCAACUUGCAUCCCUUACGAAACUGCAGAUAUCUGACAAUAGACUAACACAAUUACCCAGUGACCUUGGAAAACUGGUAAACUUGGAAAUCCUUGAAGCAUCCAGGAACCUUCUAACAACUGUUCCUAAGGAGAUCAUGUUUUGCAAAUGCUUGAAACUACUGGCUCUUGAUAGAAACAAACUGGUCAGGUUACCACGGCAACUCUUUGUCCUCAGUGAUCUGAAUGAAGUAUCAUUGGCUGGCAACAAUCUCCAGUACCUACCUUUGGAUGUAGUGAGACUUCCCAGGCUGAGACAUCUGAUAGUGGAUGAUAAUGUGGAUCUACACUACAUCCUGGAAGUCCCAGAUGAUAAUAAUAUUCUAAUCAUCUCAAAGACGGCACUCCAUGCCAGCAAUUUAACUGCAGAAAGGCCUGCAGUACAUGGGCUGCAUAUUGUCCUUCGCAGGGACCUACCACAUGUUGUGUUGCCGCCAGAGUUUCAAGAGGUCUGCCAGUAUGGGACACAUUCAGUACCAGGGCUGCAGGAGCUGGCAUUGAGAGCUGUGUUUGACUUGAUGGAAACACAACCAGGCGUGAGAAGCAGUUGCAAGGAUCUCCCAGCUGAACUCUCUGACCUCCUGCAGUGUCCAUCAGCCCACUGUCAUGUAUGUGCUCGAGCUAUGUUCCGAUCUGCGUUCUUUGCAGCAUGACGGCACAUUAACUCGGCGGUGAAUUGCCUAGUGGUUACAUGUUCUUGUAAAUGCUACAGGAAGGUGUAUGAAGACACUAGAAUCAUCUUUGAGAUUUGCUUUGUGGAUGAAUGUUUUCCUGGUUUGUCAGGAGUGGACUGAUAUUUAAUAUGAUGUUUACUAUGACGAGUGUCUACAGUUUUAUCUCCAUGUGGAAAGAAGUGCCUCAUGAUUUGCACCAAGAACGUUACAGUUAAUUGCUCAUGCAUGUAUUACAUAAGAUUUUUCAAAGAUGUCCAUAUUCAGAAGUUAAAAGUGUGAGUGUUUUUUCACUAUCUGACUCUAAUCGCUUCACUAAAACCAAUAUAUUUUUAUAAACAUUCCUGAGUUGUUAUUACAUCUUUAAAGAGACAAAACAUGUGGAAAGACAAGAGAUGACAUGUGAGACAAUAUAAACAAUAGUUCCGUGGUCGGAGACAUAUGCCCCCUAAACAGGGAUUUGAACUAAUGACCCCAAUUUCAAUAGGGGUCAUCUGCUGUCCUAGGCACAUUUGAAGUAUCAAGCCAAUUGGUCAAUUCGUUGAUGAGUUAUUGAUCAGAAACAAUUUUCACUUAUUGUGACAGUGACCUUGACCUUUCACCUUGUGACCCCAAUUUCAAUAUGGGCUAUCUUCUGUCAAAGGCCAAAGCACAUGGGAAGUAUAAAGCCAAUCGGUCUAUUUGUUGACAAGAUAUUGAUCGGAAACAAUUUUCAAACUUAUUGUGACAGUGACCUUGACCUUUGACUAGUGACCCCAAAUGCAAUAGGGGUCAUCUACUGUCCAAGGCCAAUGCACAUGUGAAGUUUCAAGCCAAUUGGUCAACUAGUUGAUGAGUUAUUGAUCGGAAACGACUUUCACAGUUAUUGUGACAGUGACCUUGACCUUUGAUCUAGUGACCCCAAAUUAAACAGGUGUCAUCUACUGGCCAAGGCCUAUGCACAUUUGAAUUAUCAAGCCAAUUGGUCAAUUUGUUGAUGAGUUAUUGAUCAGAAACGAUUUUCACACUUAUUGUAACAGUGACCUUGACCUUGUGACCACAUUGUCAAUAGGGUUCAUCUACUGUCCAAGGCCAAUGCGAAGUAUCAAGCCAAUCAGUAUAUUCGUUGAUGAGUUAUUGAUUGGAAACAAUAUCCACACUUAUUAUGACAGUGACCUUGACCUUUGACCUAGUGACCCCAAUUUCAAUAGGGGUCAUCUACUGUCCAAGGCCAAUGCACAUUGUGAAGUAUCAAGCCAAUCGGUCAAUUGGUUGAUGAUGUUUUUGAUCGGAAACGAACUCGUCUAUCGACAGACAGACAGACCAGACCGACUGACAUUCAGCAAAACAAUAUACCCCUUCUUCUUAGAAGAGGGGCAUAAUAACAGCUGCUGCAGGAAUGCCAGGGAACCAACUUUAUAUUUGUUCAAAAUAAAAUUCUAAGUUUAACGUGUCAUAAUUAUGAAAUUAAAAAACAUGUUUAAAUUGUAUUCUUAAUUUGUGUAACUUAGAAUAAAUUAAUUGCCACAUUAA